GGGGGUCACCACGUGAUGACUCAAACCCUCCUUCUACACCACUUUUUUCACUUAUUUAUUUAUUCCUUCUUUCACCUACUUUGCUGCAUGCUUUCAUUCUUCUCUCUGUUGCUCUCUCACUCCCUUAAUAUUCAACCAAUGAAGCAUCACUUUGCUUUUCUUUUCUUUCUUCUCCUUCUUUCCUCCUUCCUAGUUUCUGCUCGUCUCCUUCAACCACCCAAAGGUGAGAAGGAAGUGGAGGUCCAUGAUAACGCUAUUUCUCGGUCAUCCUUUGAGCUAAAUGACAAUAUGGAAGAAUUAAUGGGUUCAGAGGAGUGCUAUGUGAAGGAUGAAGGGUGCAGUAGCAGAAGGAUGAUGGUGGAUGCCCACUUGGAUUACAUCUACACGCAACACCACAAGCCUUGAAUUAAUUGGACUUCAACUUUGGUUCCAAGGCAGAGUAUUAUUAAGUACGAGUCCCUAAUAUAAAAACCAAUAAAGCAAGCCUUGUUCUGUUUUUCCGUGAUUCAAGUUGUGCCUGUCACUGAAAUGAAAAAGGAAAUAAUUAAUUACAUAACAUAAUGUUUUCAGGAUAUACGUUUUCCAAGAUGUACAUUCACAAAUCAUAUAUUCCUGCAUAUCUGUGAGUAGACAAGACCAUCUUGGUCACUUUGCCCAAACAAAUGUUUUUUGUCUUUGAAUCAUUGUGUAAUUUUAAUUUCCCAGUAGUGUUUAUCGGUUCCAAGUCCACCUAUUGAGUUUCUCAAAUGUAGUAAUUAUGCAA